CAAAGACCAAGCUAAUUAGGGAUUUCAUGUAUGACACCUUCCAACAGAUCACAGGUGUCCUGGUGUAUCCACUGUAAGCAGCAGAGUUGCACAGACCUGCCUGAGGGUCAUGGGCACCCUGUUGUUCUCACCCUGCUUUCCAGACCACAAACGGACUUUGCCACCAGCUCAUUCUCCAAAGGGGUCGUGCUGAUCCAUUAUUUCCACAGUUCACCUGGGCUUCCUCCCAAAGGAAAUUUAAGGAUUUGGCUAAAUGAAAGCCACUGGCUGUUUGAAUAGGUCCUCUGGCUGGGAUGACUGAUAUACCAGGUCUAAUGAGGGUAUAGCAGAGAACAUCUGCUCAACAUAGGUUGAACCAGUAAUAAGACACAAGAAGGCAAAUUUUCCGUCCCCUGCCCAUUAGAGCUCUGGAGAUUAGUAUUUGUUCCUUCAGUGUUGCCUGGUAGUCACCAGUGGGCCAGGUUGUGGACUCCAUUAUACAUACACAUAAUUUUCCCAUUAAGGUGAUGCUGGAAUUAGGAAGUCAUAAGAAGCAGGAAGGACUAGCUGUCUGAGCAUACAUCACAUUAAGUUGACUUAUGGCAAAACUAACAGAAAGUAUUUUCUAUUUUCAUAUUCAAGAGAAAUUAUGCUAGAUAUCCACUAAAUAAAUUAAAUAUCCACUAAAGCUAACACUGACUGCUGAAAUAUGUUGAAUACAGUGAAGAAAAGUGAGUUAGGAACAUAUGACAGAAACCUCAUUCUCUUAAAUUCUUAAAUAGUGUGUUGUAGAUUCAUGUGCAAGUGGAAGAAAACUGCUACAGGCACCCUUUUCAUGCAGCAUCUUCCAACUUCUGUGAAAAGUAUGAGACUCAUAUAAGAAAGUUGAGCUUUAAAACAUCUAACAGAUUGUGGGCUUUAGACUUUAAUUAGAGAGGGGAAAAAAAGAAACAAAGUAGACAUGCUAGCUAGAAUGAGCUGAAAAGUAGAUCAUAACGUUAGGAAACUAAGAAAAAUAUGUUGAAGUAAGCCUCAUACUUUAAAGGUCCAGCCUUGUGUCACUGCUGGGGAAGAGAAAUCCUUUGGCGAGGUGAUCUGUGAGUUUUCAUGAUCAGUGAUGCUUUAAACAGGAAAUAAUAUGCCUUUCUCCUCUAUGGAAAAAGAUCAUGUUUCUUAUGGAUUCAUUUCAAAAUUAAUUGAGCUUGACCCAUCAUUUCUUCUUCCUUCAUUUUCUAAAACACCUUAUAUCAAGUCCAUUACAAAACAAAUUCUGUAAAUGGACUUGACAUAGCCUUUCGUACUAGUCUUUUCUGUAAUCAGUAAACAAUUAUACCUAUGAUAAAGGAGUAUUUUUAUGUUCACAUAGUAAAAGGCUAAAAUGGAAAAAUAGACUAUCCUAUAAGAGAGGAAUUUGGAAGCAAAAAUGAAAGAAAAGGAACUCAGACAAAAAUCUUAGGAUCAAAAAAGAUUUUUUUAAAUCUUCGAAUAAUUCUGAUACUCAUCAUUGCAUGAAUGGCUCUGGCAAGUACGUUUUUUAGUGUACUGAGAAAAUGUUGAGAAUUCUCUCUUUCUUUAUGUGUGAUGCACUCAUAAAAAGGCAUAUUUUUAGUAUUUAAAGUAUUUUAGGUUUUAGGUUAAAGUCAUAAACUGUGGUGGAACUGAUAUGGUUGGCUGUUGCAGGGUGUGAAACACCAUUUUACUCCAAAACAAGGCCCCUCUAAAUACUGUCUUUGUAAACACAUUCCCAUGAGCGAAGGUAAUUACAAACUUUCCCCUGCAAGAUAAUGGGCAUAUUGCUCUAGUAUGUUCAAAACUAGUCCGUUCACAGGUGAACUUCGUUACAUAAAAGACAUUGGUUUUACGAAGAAAUGAAAACCAAUUAUGUGGUACACAAUAAGCAAAUAACAAAAACUGAAAGAAUUGCAGAAAUUCAGGCCAAUUGCUUCAAAAUUCAGGUUAUCAGAAUAGUCAAAGCGGUAUGCACAGACUUUCUAAUUUACCAGAAAUACAGCAAAACAGACAUCAAAAGAAUUUAAUAUGAUUCUUCUAUUUCCUUUAAAGGUCCUUGUCAGACAUAAGUCUGUGCUCGUUAACAUGCAAGUUCUUGUGAACAAAACGUUCAGAAAAUUUUGCUUCUUUCACUUUGUAAUAUUACAGAUUUUCUUGAUGGGAUCAUUAUUGCAAAGUUGCAAAGUAGGGGUUUGAAAGUUUGAUAUGUAUGAGCAGAAAUAGAAAUUAAAUGCUUAAUUAACUUGCUAGAGAAAUAGAAGCACUUAAAGAAAACUCACAAGAAUGUUCAAGUGGGUAGCGUGUAUAAUCGCAGAAUUUAGUGUUGAAUUCUCUGUUAAUGUCCCCAAAAAAAUCUACCUAUUUUGUAUCUCUCAACAAGCAUUUUCAAAAUUAUCUCAUCAUUGUAGGAGAAAAAAUUACACGUGGCCACUCACAGUGGAAAGCAGCAGCUAAAGGAAGGAUUUUAGGUUUCUUUCAUUAAAGCAUUUCUCCAGACUGGCAUCAAAUUUAGAUUUAGAUUUCAGCAUCUGUGAAAUGUAAGAGUUGUCUUUAUGAGAUCAGGGAGGUUGCCUACAGCUGAUACUACCGGCUGUUAUAAAUUAAUGCUUUUGUCAGAAAAGAGCAUUGAUUUUCAAAGGCAAUCCACACCUACCCCUACCAUUUUUUCUGUGGAAAGCUGGUGUGCUGCUUUUCAUUGCUUAGGGAGCUCUGUGAAUCCCAUGUUACUUUAUAAUUUUCUGGGUUUGCUGGUGGCUAUUAUUACCUAUGUCUUCUCACUUUGGAAUAUAUGUUACAAACCUUCAUAGAGUGUGUUAGAUCUCUAGCCCCAUUGUGCUGGGUGUGGCUAAGAUCAUAAAUAUAUAUACAUUCUUACCCAUCAGAAAUACUAACUCCUUUCAAGAAAAGGACUUGGACCCAGGUCCCACUGCCUCUAAAUUCAGCUGAGAAAACGAAGGAAUGGCGUGCUCAGUAACUUCUGAUUGAAUGGAAGCAGUCAAAAGGUUUGUUCUAAAUCAAGGCUGAAUAUUCUUGCUGAGAGGACACUGCAAUCAAAAAGUUACAGAAAGUACAUGAGAAAACUAGUGUCAAAGUUCAGAUGAUCAAAUUGUGUGUUCGUACAUCUCUGAAGUAUAUAUAGGAGCUUGAGAAGUUCUAACAGAGCAGUUCAGUAUUUUAAACUAACAGUGUAUAAAAAUCAAGAGGCUCAGAAACAAUUACUGUAUGACGCUAACACCUUGAUAAAUUUACAGUAAAGCUUCUGACUUUCUCCUGUAAUUUCUUCUUCCAGAUUUUCCCAGGACUGAAAUAAGAUCUUCCUUUUUUCUGCAAUACUGUCUUCCUCUGUCCCAGCAUCUCCGCUGGCAAUUUUGCUUUCUCUUUGUCCCCAUACAAAUGAUGUAUUGCCUUAACCACCACACCCCUCUCUAGCCUUUCUUUGCAGUCUGAUUGAAGAACAUCUGUAAGCCUGGGCAACAGCCAGGCUAUCUGUUGACCUAACCAAAGCAGUGUUUACAGACAAAUUCAAAAGGUAGGAUGCAUUGUGUUCAGAAUUUGUACAGGCUCCAGUUGUCUUUGAUUCCUCAGUGGCUUUACAGCAUAUGCUCAGGAGAUGAAGAGAGCCAGGAGCACUGUGGCUUGAAUAGGAAGUAUCUUACUUUUCAUAGCCACACGAAACAGCCACAUCAAAGUAAAAAUUGAUAUUAAAUAAUAUUUGCAAGAAGAUGAGAAAUUAAUGCAAACACUGUCUCAGUCCUUAUGGCUUCUAUUAUGCUCCUUUAUCGUAAUAUCAGUGUCUUCUGUUAGGGAGAUGUUUCUUUUUUAUUAAAGAAAUAUGAUAUACCUUAGAGAAAAGAAAGGGAAAUGAACUAGUAUUCUAAAAUCAAAUGUCAGAUCUUCCUCUAUCUAAGCUUGCAGAUGAUUACAAAAGGCUUAGCUGUAAGCCAGUUUUUAUGCCGAGAUACACACUGAAGCAUUCCUAUAGACUUAGUAUUUGAGCUACACUCUUAUUCCUCUAUACAAUAUACAAUGGCCAAAAAGAAAUAUUAUUUGCAAACACCAGCUAAAGAAAAUGCUUGAUGUAUUUGGAAAGCACCUGUGCGUCUCUAUAAGCCUGCAAAUACAGAAUUUGAUUCCCAACAUUCCUUUAGUAAAAGUAUACUACAAAAGUUGCUUUUCUUUCCUUUCCUCCUCAUCCCUCAGUUUUCCUCACGUUUCUUUGGGAAUUCAACAAGAAUCUAAAGAAAGUAAAACACAUCUGACUUUUAAUAGCUGUUACUCAGAGUGACUCAAAGCUCUCACUAUUAUUUUGUUCUUUAUUAAUAAGAAUUCAAUCACAGUAAAAUGAUCUAGAUUAAUUGUUCAUGAGCUCCAGUUCUGUCAUUUUUCUGCUGAGACAUGAUGGCAUUUCGUGGCUAAAAAAAAUUAAUUCCCAGUAUUUUUCCAAAACACUUAAAAAGAAAAAUAACAUAGAUGCACACAGGUGCUAUUACUGGAAUAUUACAGGGUAAAAUAAUGCAGGAGAUUACCUCAGAAAAUAUCAUAUGUGGAUGGAAGUAAUUUCCUGGAUUACCUACACCUGAAUGGGAGACAGACUUUCCCCACCAGUUGAAGGUUUAAGAUCAUCAACCCAACACAUGUCUGUGAGAACUUUUCCUUCACCUGUAAGUGAAGAUUUAGCAAAUUACAGAAGUCCUUUGAUCUACUUUAUUUUCUUGUGUACAUGUUUAAAACUAAGCAUUUCAGCCAGAAUUUCGAAUAUAAACUCAGUGGUGCAAAAAUUACUUUACAAAUAAUUACAAUACAGUUGAAACUUUUAACCAUAUAUUAUGUUGUCGCAUGAAAUUCUACUUUAACAUGCUUUUAAACAAUGAGAAAUUUCCUGUUCAAAAAUAAAUGUUAAAAUAUAUACAGGAAUAUAUAAGAAGAAUUUAAAAGUCAGUGUCAUCAUUCAAUAUCAUUUAUAAUCAUAAUCAGCUCUAAUGAAAUUUUUAGUUCAGUAUGUGAGGUUUCUUGUGUUUAACUUACACACGUCAUAGGGAUUAGAUGAGAGACAAGGGGCAAAAUUGGAAUGUGAGAAAUUCUGGCUGAAGAAGAGAAUGGAGAUUUUCUCUUCUAGAAUGAUGAAACACCAGAACGGGUUGACCAGGGAGGUUGUGCAGUUUCCAUCCUUGAAGAUACUCAAAGCUCAAGUGCAUGAGACCCCAAGAAGCCUGAUCUUAUUGGAUAUGCUGUGAGCUGGAGGAGGUUUUCUGGAGCUUCCCUCCAACUUGUGUGAUUCUGGAAUUCAUAUAAAAACUGUAAUGAUUGAAGACAUUGGAUGCAGUUCUUAUCCCAUUGCAUUUCAUGGGACUUCUGCUUUGACUGCAAGGAGUAAUACUGGAUCCCAGUACAGUAAUGCCUCCACUUCCAACAUUAUUAUGAUUCUGAUCUUGUUCUUGGCUGUGCUUUGAGCAAUAAAGAGCAUCAUCAUUAUGACUACACACUGACCAUGUACUUUCAGCAGUCCUGGAGGGAUAAAAGGCUCUCUUAUUCUGGAAUACCUUUGAACUUGACUCUGGAUAACAGAGCGGCUGACCAGCUCUGGGUGCCGGACACGUAUUUUCAAAAUGACAAGAAAUCAUUUGUCCAUGGGGUGACAGUGAAAAACCGAAUGAUUCGACUCCAUCCAGAUGGGACAGUCCUCUAUGGCCUACGGAUCACAACAACAGCUGCCUGCAUGAUGGAUCUACGCAGAUAUCCUCUGGAUGAACAAAACUGCACACUAGAAAUUGAAAGUUAUGGAUACACUACUGAUGAUAUUGAAUUUUACUGGAAUGGAGGAGAGUCAGCAGUAACAGGAGUUAAUAACAUCGAGCUCCCACAAUUUUCUAUUGUGGAUUACAAGAUGGUAUCAAAGAGAGUGGAAUUUACAACAGGAGCAUAUCCUCGAUUAUCACUUAGCUUCCGGCUUAAAAGAAAUAUUGGAUACUUCAUUUUGCAAACCUAUAUGCCUUCCACACUGAUUACAAUUCUGUCGUGGGUAUCUUUUUGGAUCAAUUACGAUGCCUCUGCAGCCAGAGUUGCUCUAGGAAUCACGACUGUGCUGACCAUGACCACCAUCAGCACCCACCUCAGGGAGACCUUGCCGAAGAUUCCCUAUGUCAAGGCAAUAGAUAUUUACCUGAUGGGAUGCUUUGUGUUUGUGUUCCUGGCCUUGCUGGAAUAUGCCUUUGUAAACUACAUCUUCUUUGGGAAAGGACCUCAACAUCAGAAAAAGACAGCAGGCAGGGCAGGACAUGCUACAGGCAAGAAGAGCAAACUGGAAACAAAUAGAGUCCAGGUUGAUGCCCAUGGAAACAUGCUUCUCAGACCACUUGAAAUACGAAAUGACGUUGGCAGUACAGAUGUGUCCAUGAGCCUCCGUGACCCCCGAGCCACCACGUACACGUACGACAGUGCCAACCUGCAGUACAGAAGAGCCACUUCCAGCAGAGACCUCUACAACAGGAGUGCUCUGGACAGGCACAGGCUCCAUAAAAAAGGACACUUACGAAGGAGGGCAUCCCAGAUCAAAGUCAAAAUCCCUGAUUUGACAGAUGUUAACCUGAUAGACAAGUGGUCCAGAAUGGUCUUUCCCAUCAUGUUUAUUCUUUUCAAUGUUGUUUACUGGCUGUAUUAUGUCCACUAAUUUAUGCAACAAUGUUACCACAGACUCACAUAGACUUGUUUCUUUUCCUUCUCAAUUUCAUUAACUCUGAAGAACUGCAGUAGCUAUAAUGUUCCAUGUUCAAUGUAAGAUACUCAGCUGUGGAACACUUCUAGAUUUAAGCUUUUAAAAAAAACAACAACCCAACACAAAUCCAGGCUCACAACAUUUAGAUCAGAAUAGUACAGAUCAGCUCUUAAGGAGCAUCUUGAGAAAAAUUGCUCUACCUUGUUUUUUACAAAGUUUAUGCAUCACCCAUGACCUUUCUGUACCAAACAUAACUUUUGUUAGUGGAGUAAAAAUUUGUUCCACUGUAUUUCUUAUCACAUAUUGGCAGCUCACAGCAGCAUGCUUCCAAACAACACAGUCAAACUACUAGUAGUAUCUAUGUCACUAUCUUUCACCAUUUAGAGUGUAGAGAAAUUUGAAGAAAUUACAGUGUAAAGGAUUAUAACUAUUGCACCGUGCUUCACUUCAAACUUAAUAGUUAUACUGGGAAGUAUUUCCAUAGCGUGUUUGAGAAGUGUCACUCAAAGAGAAGUCGAAUCACAUUUUCAGAGGCAGAGAUCUUCAAAAGAAAGAAAGGAUAGCAGAUAGAAGUCCCACUGAGUUUCCAAGCAAGGAAUCAGCUGAUUUGAUCUCAAUGGAAUUUUGUUAUUUCCACAAAGUAGCAAAGUUGAUAUUUAUGAGAACAAUUGUGCCAUACGUAUUUUUUUAUUAAAAAGGAGAAAACAAACGCGUGUUCAUUCUUUGAAGCAACUCUGAGGGAUAUCCCAGGCCAAGAUUUUUCUUAAUUCCCAGGUUUCCUGUGGCUAGUAAUUGCAACUUUCUCCCAAAAGUUGGUAGAAUUCUGGGAACAGAUCUGAGGAAAUUUCUGCACAGAGUUUCCUUCAGAUUUCUUUAUUCCGCUGAGGACCAGGAGACGCAGCUGAGUCUUACGGCACACCGGCAACACUGGGUGCACUCCUGAGGAGUUGCCUCUUCUUACCUGGCUGCCUAUUGCCUGAUACAACUCCAGCCAAGGAGCCACAGGCAAAGGGCUAGCAACAUCCAUGCAACUGAGAAGCAAUAGGUCAGUCAUCUCCUAUCGAUGUUAAAUCCGUUUCCCUUCUCUGUUGCCAAUAGUUUCUUAAGAGCGCUGACGCUAUGCUGCCUAACAGCAUUUUAUUGAAACUAUUAUCAGAUGGGUUUUUUCAUAUUGCAAGUGUUUCAUACUUUUAGGAGAGUCAAGAUAUACAAGCCAACAGAGUCUAUGUAGGUACAGAGGUGAUACUAUCAAUGGAAGCUGGUACAGAAAGAAACACUCGUCAGGAUGCAAACAAAGUGAUGUGGAAAUCUCCUUCAGUAGUUCCUCAUUGCCUGGCAGUAACGUCAGCUGAUGACUUUAUUGCCAACUGACACUGAAAUCUCUUCAAUCAGAACAUAAUAAUAAAUGAAACCCUCCUACAUGUUAUGGUUUGUCAUGUUGUGAAAGACCUGAACCUUCUCACAGACCAGGGCCUGCUGCCCCUUCCCUUUGUGCAGCAGGCUUCUCCAGAAAGAGUCUGGAAUCAUAGAAUCACCAAACAAGAAAGGGAAUAGGUUUAAUUUACUCACUACAAAAGUUGUAAGGCUGCAAACCAGGCAUUUGUCAUUGCUGAUAUAAGGGGGGUCUUUGAAACUAUCAGGUUUUAUGUGGGCUCCAAAGUCCCAGUCUCAUCCCGGGUUCAACGGAGCACAAUGGUGGUCUCCUCAGGUGUCUUCUCUCUGCUGCUACAAUCUUUAGCCUCCAGUCUACUAAGGAGUUGCACCGUUUUACAAGAUAAUCAGCCACUGAGUACAACUUGAGGUGACUCAGGACAAAUAUUAAUUCAGGCAAAUGGCUCUUUUGAAAAGGCUAUGUAUGCCUAUCCCCUCCCUGAAAAAACUCCAAAUAAUUUUUAAACAAGAGUUCCACAUGGGACAGUUUGAUUAAGUCUUUAGUCAUAGUUAAGUAGUGUUUAUAUCAAGAAUAUUUCAGUGGAAACUAACAAUAUUAUUUUGGUAUUGUAAAAUAAAGAAUACAGAGAACACAAGGAAGCCUUGCAAACUGAACUUUAACUGCAAGAAAUAGCCCCAGGAGGGAGACAGCAGUAGGACCAUAUGUGCUCUCCAUUCCAAACACCUAUCCCAUUAAAUGGUUUUGAAUUCUUUGAACUGGCAUGAGACUUUACAGAGUAAGUCCAUGAGUCAUUGAAUUUGCCUGCUUUGUGGUUAUACACAAAAAUUAAUUCAAAGAAAGUAAUACAUCCUGCAGAUUUGCAGUGUAAAACAUGACAACUGUCAGUGACUCAUGUUUUUGCAUUACCUGAUUUGCCAAAGAUAUUCACGGACAGACCACAGGUCAGUAAUUAAGCCCAGCUGAUCCAGUGGUGAAGAGAUGAUACAACCUCUCUCCUUACAGCUGCACUGAACAUUUUGGAAGACCCAACAUCCAACACGACAUGAAAAGAAGACUUUAGAUUAAAAAAAAAAAGGAUCCUUUAUUUUUGAUUACAAGGGCAAAGAUCACCUUUGUUGGUCUUCAGCAUUUUUUUCUUGUAGGCCCCUAACAUCUGCAUACACAUAUUUUUCUAAUUUCUGGUUCAGCCAGAUACUUCUGGCACAGAUGAUAGGCACAUGGAGUAAAAGCAGUUAUAUUGUGCAGCUCCAAGCAAAAAAAAAAGACAAAAGAAUGGAGCAGAGUAAAAGCCAUUAACAAAACAAGAUGCAAAUGCAAAAGUCCUUAAGAACAGCACGUUCCAAAAUAGGAGUGUCUACCCUUCUGCCCCAGGAGGUGUUGAAUAGAUGCCGCCAAUCCAAAUCCCAGCCCUGCAGCCCAUUUUGAGCAGCACACACCAAGGCCUAUCCGCAUCAAGAGCUGGAAGCCACCACCUUGAGUCAGGAAACAGCUGCCAGCUCUAGGUGCAAAGUCUGGCAGUGGGGACUAAUAACCCCACCACAUACAGAGGCAAGAGCCACUAACUGUAGGUACAACUACUUCUAGAGUAAAAAGCAGAAGAAAACAUUUCUCACCUGAGAGCAAUAGCUUGGCAGCAAGGGCAAGCCACUGGUUAUUAGUGGCAUAGGAUGGCAAAAUGAGUCUGUUUAUGGGUUAGCCAGGUAUGUUGCCAUCUGGAGCUAGAAAUUAGGGAGUAGAAAAGAAACACAAUCUCUUCCCACCAAUAGGUUGGAGUAAUUUGGCUGACUUUACUCAAUAAAGGUGAAUAAUGCUGUAA